GGAAAACCCCAUAAGCAAACUAUGGGUUCUUCCUUCAGCUGUUGUGAUUCUGACAAGGUUAAUGAAGGGGUUCCAUCAAGCAAUGAUCCCUCUACAUGGAGAAUCUUCACUUUCAAGGAGUUGCAUUCAGCUACUAAUGGUUUUAGUGAAGAUAACAAGCUUGGAGAGGGAGGUUUUGGAAGCGUUUUCUGGGGCAAAACGUCUGAUGGUCUUCAGAUAGCAGUUAAACAACUGAAAUCGAUGAAUUCAAAAGCUGAGAUGGAAUUUGCUGUUGAAGUGGAAGUUCUUGGAAGGGUUCGACACAAGAAUUUGUUAGGACUUAGGGGUUAUUGUGCUUCGGCUGAACAACGACUUAUAGUCUAUGAUUACAUGCCUAAUCUUAGCUUGUUAUCUCACCUCCAUGGCCAAUUUGCUGCUGAAGUUCAACUUGAUUGGAAAAAGAGGAUGAAAGUUGCCCUUGGAUCGGCAGAAGGACUACUGUACUUGCACCAUGAAGUUACACCCCACAUAAUCCACAGAGACAUUAAGGCAAGUAAUGUCCUCCUAGACUCUAACUUCGAACCGCUAGUAGCAGACUUCGGAUUCGCCAAGCUAAUCCCAGAUGGUGUUAGUCACAUGACCACCAGGGUCAAGGGCACACUAGGUUACUUAGCCCCUGAAUACGCCAUGUGGGGAAAAGUCUCCGAAAGUUGCGAUGUUUACAGCUUUGGCAUUCUUCUCUUAGAACUGGUAACAGGACGAAAACCGAUUGAGAAACUCCCAGGAGGUGUAAAACGAACCAUAACUGAGUGGGCUGAACCCUACAUUGAAAAAGGAAGGUUUCGCGAGUUGGCUGACCCGAAAUUGAGAGGCAAUUUUGAUGAAGAUCAGCUGAAACAAUUCAUAAAUGCGGCUGCACUUUGCGUGCAAAGUGAGCCCGAAAGGAGGCCUAACAUGAAGGAAGUUGUGGCCUUGCUUAAAGGGUAUGAACCUAAGGGGAACAUGAUGCAAUUCAGGUUAAAGAGUGUCAAAUAUGGUGAUGAUCUUGUGGCUAAGGAUCAAGCUAGUGAUGAUGAUGAUGAUGAUUAUGAUGAGGAUAGAACGGGUGGUGGGUAUGACGAAAGUGAUGCUUAUGGAGUUUUUGGUGCCAUGAGCAACGUGCAGAAGAUGCAUGAUCCAUACAAGAGGUAUGCAGACAGAAUGGGGAAGAAAGGGUGAUUGAAUAUCUUCAUUAUUUAAUUAAGAACAUCAAAAGUUCCAUCUUUUCGGAUGUUGUUAUGGGAUCUUCGAAAAUUAUCUUGUGUGAUAUCCUUACGAUGAUAAUUAUCUGUUUGAACGGGGUUUCUAUAUCUCUUAAAUUAUUUUGUUAUAUAAUUUGGUAUUGUAAAUUACAAUAUUCUUAAUUAAUACAUUUGAUAUUGUAAGACUAAAUAUAAUUAUUGGGUUAUAUUUAAUUGUGUAACCAUUAAAAUCA